AUGAAUAAUAGAAGGAGAGGUACAAGAACAACGAUUACAACCAAUACUAGAGUAAAAGAAAAUCCUGGUGAAAUUCGCAUUGACAAUGGAAUUUUAUUUUGUAAUUUUUGUGACCAUUCUGUUGAUUGGAUACGAAAGUCAACGGUUGAUGACCACCUUAAUAGUAAAACACAUAAAGCUAAGAAAAAUCUGUAUGAAAACAAACAACGUCAACUUCAACAAACACUUGUUACCUCUCUUUCUUCUGAGUCUAAAAAAAUUAUAAUUCACGAUUUAAUUGAAGCCUUUGCUAUAGCAGAUAUCCCUUUAGAAAAAAUUGAUUC